AUGAUCCUACUCAAUAACAACGAGCUAGAGAGUGAAGAUAAAGGGCAACAACAACACAGUAAAGAUAUUGGCAAUGAAGAUGAAUAUGAAGAGGAAGAGGAGAAAAAAGAGGAUGUUAUUGUUAACAGUGAUUAUGAAAUAAGUGAAGAAGAAGAAAAUGGUAAUAAAGAGGCUGCAUCAAGAGCACAACCAAGGAACAAUGCACCAAAUGAUGAAUAUGCACAAUGUUUUGAAGAGAUGAAUGAAAUGCCUCUUAAUGAAGCUACAUGGGAGAUAUCAGAUGAUGAUGAAGAUAGUGAUCGACUUCCUUCUGAUGUUGAUAGCUCUGGUGAUGAGGAAGAAGGUCAAAAAAAGACAAGCAAGAGGAAAUGGAAGAAGACAAAUUUUAAACAGUUUAAGAAAGAAACUGAUUUGAGAAAUCCAGAGUUUAGAAUUGGAAUGCAAUUUGCCAAUAAGGAUGAACUCAAGGAAACUAUUAGGGAGUAUGCAAUUGUGCAAGGGAAGAAUAUUAAAUUGGUGAAGAAAGAUAAUAAAAGGAUUCAAGCCAAGUGUACAGGUCACACGAAAUGCCCUUUUAUUCUCUGGGCUUCCAAGAUAGACACAGAUGAGCAGACAUUUGCCAUAAAGACUCUGUCCUUAGAGCAUGAGUGUACUAGAGUGGACAAACUGAAAUAUAUUAAUUCAAGGUGGCUGUCUAAAAGGUUUGCUGACAAGAUUAGGAAAAAUCCUGAGUGGGAUGUAGGGGCAUUCAAGGCUGAGGUUUUAGAAAAGUACCAUAUGAAUGUUUCAAAGCAUCAUAUUUAUAGAGCAAAGACCUUGUCCAAGGUGAUCAUUGGAGGCAGCUAUGUGGAGCAAUAUGCAAGGCUAUGGGACUAUGUAGAAGAAUUGAAGAAGGCUAAUAAAGGCAGCACUGUGAUUAUAAAGAAUAAGAUGAAGGGUAAUAAACCUGUGUUUGAAAGAAUUUAUGUGUGUUUGGAAACUUGUAAGCGGGGAUUUUCGGCAGGAUGUAGACCUCUGAUUGGUAUAGAUGGCUGCCAUUUAAAGAGACCUUACACAGGGCAAGUUUUAACAGCCGUUAGUGUUGAUGGGAAUAAUGGACUGUACCCAGUUGCUUAUGCUGUUGUAGAGGUGGAAUCAAAAAGUAGUUGGAUUUGGUUCCUUCAACUUUUGAUUGAAGACUUACAAAUUGAGAAUGGGAAAGCUUGGGUGUUUAUGAAUGAUAAGCAAAAAGGUCUAAUACUUGCAAUUGAGACAUUGCUUCCAACAGCUGAGCACAAAAUGUGUGUUAGGCAUCUCUACAGCAACUUCAGGAUAGAGCAUGCUGGCCUUGCACUGAAAAACAUUCUCUGGGCUGCGGCAAAAGCAACUACCAUUCCCUGGUAUGAAGCAGAAAUGGACAAAAUGAAAGAGCAAAAUGAAAAGGCAUGGAAGUGGCUUAAGAAAAGACCAGCCAAAAAUUGGAGUAGAUCUCAUUUUGAGCCACAUUCUAAGUGUGAUUUGUUGUUGAACAACCUCUGUGAAUCCUUUAACUCUUGCAUUUUAGAUUCAAGAGACAAGUCUAUCUUAACAUGUCUAGAAAGGAUUAGAGUUUAUAUCAUGUUAAGGAUGGCUAAUAGAAGGAUUGCUGGUACGGUUUGGAGACAUCCAGUUGGGCCUAGGAUUGUCAAGAUCAUUGAGAAGAACAAGUUGGGAGCUAGUCAAUGCAUUCCUAGAUUAGUAGGUGAGAGCAAAUACCAAGUGAGUCAUAUGUAUGGGGGAGAGUAUGUAGUAGAUCUAAAAGCCAAAACUUGCUCUUGUAGAAGAUGGGAUUUAUGUGGGAUCCCAUGUUCUCAUGCUAUUUCUUGUAUCUUUCAAAAGGAGGCAAAUGUGUUUGACUAUACACAUGACUGCUAUAAGAAAGAAGCCUACCUGAGUUCAUAUGAACCUAUGGUACACCCAAUACCAUCCAUGGACCAGUGGCAGAGAACUAAUUGGCCUCCAAUUAUACCUCCUCCAUAUAAGAAGCAGCCUGGAAGACCUAAGAAAUCAAGGAACAAAGGACCAGCUGAUGUUGAAGUACCUGCUCCAGUUCCUCCAAACCCUUUGCCUCCAUUUUACAAUCCACCACCUACUAGGUUGAGAAGGAUUUAUGUCAAGAUAAGAUGCUCAAUUUGUGGCCAGGAGAGACAUAAUAAUGUGUUUUAUGAAUGGUUUGUUAGAUGUGUCUCUGGGCUGGAUGUCAUUGUUUUGUAUUUGGUACAUUUUAGAACUUGA